UGGCAGCCAAGGCGAGAGAGCGUAAUGUAUGAAACCGAGCGCUAGCUCACUUUUUCGCAUGUGCGUCGCGCGUCGUAUGAGCUCGGAGUUGCUGCAGUGGACACCAAUGUGGUAGUGCAACAGAACACACUGGCCCGAAUUCCCCAGGGCCCCGGCCAAGGGAAGGAACUGCGUGUGCCGCCAAGAUGUUCAACGUCGAGCAGCAGCAGUUCGGCGGCAGCCUCCUCAGUCAUUCUCAUUAUCAAAACAACAUCGUCUCCGCAGCAAGACAGCCCUGCAGUUCCAGCAUGCCGGCGAUGGGCCGCAGGGGCUCGGCCGGCGACAGCGCAAGUCCGGACCCGAUGGCCGGCGUCGGGGGGGCCUCCACAAGCUCUGGGGAUGAGACAUCGACAGACUGUAAGGACUCGGCCUAUGUCUCAAGCGAGGGCCUCAUGGACACAAGCCCGCCCGUGACGUCGACGUGGUCCCAGUUUCCAGCCGGUUCGGAGGUGGUGUUUGACCGGCUCACCGAACUGGCCAUCAUUGCCACAAGCCCAGAGAGCCCACUUCUGAGGGACUCACCGCCACCCAUUUACCCAACCUCAUCGUCAUCGUCAUCCACUGCAGGGGGGGCACCACCACCACUGUCACCGCCAGGGCGCCAGCGAUCAUUCAGCUUGUCGGCGCUGCAUUCCUAUGCACGGCCACCCCUGCCCCCUCGCUUGGGCCACGCUGUCUCACAUUACCCUCCAGGCUCGGGGCCCCAUGGUACCCAGCCCAUGGGGGUCAUCGAUGACAGUCCCAGGGUACUGCCCCUAACUCCCGAAGACCGGUCGGCUGCUUACACGCUCAGCACCAUGGCCAAACACUGCAUAUCACCGCCGGCACCCGCGCCGCCACCUGCACCGUCGGAACCUGCGGCCAUGUCGGCGCAGUGCUCGCCGUCCAAGAAGUCUCUCAACACACGGACCCGCCACACAUCGUGCCCAGACCCUGCCAAGCCCCGACGGCCCAUGAACGGGUUCAUGCUGUUCGCCCAGAAACACCGCGGAGAGUACUCCCACAUGCAUCCUGGCAAGGACAACAGGGCCAUCAGCGUGAUGUUGGGGGACCAGUGGCGCAAGAUGAAGUCCGAAGAGAAGAAGCUCUACUCUCAGGAAGCCAAGGUUCGUGCCGACGAGGUCAAGAAGGUCCACCCGGACUGUUGGAAGCGCAAGCGCUCCUACUCGACCAGUAUCUGAACGUGCGGUUUUCACCGAGACGCUCGCACAGUCUACACACCGGGCUCUCGCUUCAGGAGAAGCUCCCCCGACUUCCGCCGUCGCGCUUCCACCUCGGCAAGGACACACGGCCGUCGAAGAAGUUGGGGCGCCAUGUCGUGUCAUCAGAUGCUCAACGGGAUGCACGGGAUAGCUUCAUGGAGACUCUUUUGUGAAGUGUUAUACUUCAUGCAAACAUGCGAGGCCAUGCAGAGAACCUCGGCUGCACCGAAUCGCGACUACCGAAACCUGACGUUUGCACAGAAGACGGUGGUCAUUCAGGGUCCUUGGAAUGAGUUUUAAAAACCCGAUGCAAGAAAGCCCGUUGCUGUGAAGUAUUGCAAAAGGUGGCCUGUGAUGGCUCAGUUGGAUGCAAGUAGCAAGGCCAUGCGGAGGAGGCACGGAUCGGUUUACGAGGUUGCGAUGCCACGGUGGCGUCGCCACGCAGCUGAAAUUGCACGAUGUCACUCAGUGCCACAGUGGUGUCUGAAUUGGUGGUUGAGCCUCUUGUGUGUGUGUUCGCUUCAGACUUGUGCAAGACUGGGGAAAGGGGCCUGCUGGAAAAACCCGCCACUCACGAUUGUUGUGUCGUCGUCUGUUUGGUGUGGCAUGUCUUACGGAGCAAGACAACGGGAGCGGUUUACUCGCUGGCUGUGGCUUCUGCUACUUGCUUCUUCCCAUUCUCUGUGCUUGAAACCUGCCUGGAGCCACGCUAUUCAUCCAGCUAUUCUUGUGUUUUUCCCUGUGAUUGGGGACUUUCUUCUCGUUUCUGUUAACUGAUCUUGAGCCGUAUCCUGGGCUCCUCGUGUAGUGCUGUUACACUGAACUCCAGUGCUCACGAUCAUUGGACUUGCGCUUUGAGCUGGUUUGCUUUCUUUUAAUUUCUAACGAAAUUUCGAUGUGGCUGUUUUCUUCUUCUUAGCAUUGCGUCUUUUAUCUUAUCCACAGUACCGGCGAUAGAUUGUAGCCAUGCAAGAGUGGCUGAACUCUACCUGGCCUUUGCAAGCCCUCUGGGUGGCCUCUUCCCCUUGUUGCUCGAUCCUAAGCAUUUCUGCGGUCCUAGACCUUCUCCCUGCUUGACGUAUAGCACACAUGGAGGAAUGAAAGGUGGUAGAGGCGGUGUGUAGUAUACUGCUCUGGACAUCAUCGUUCAGCUGUUGUUUUCCCUAUCCUUUCCGUUUUUCCCCUCCCCUUUCGCUCCUUGCGGCGCCUUCCCUCAAGUAAAUGCCGGUGGUGAAAAGGGCGGAGUCAUGGUGUGCUGCCCCCCGUGUUUGGUGGCCCGACUGCAGUGUUAGGCAGUCGACCCACGAGGUCUGACUGCAUCGUGUCAUCUUGCAGCAAAUUUCAAAGCCUUAACUGUCGGACAUUUUUUGCCUUCGGAGAGGUUGCUUUCUCGUUGGGUUUGCUUACGCCAGGUUAAGUUUGUUUGUUUUUAUGCUGGUCGCAAGGAACUUGCAUGCAGCUUGUCUGGAAUGUCAUUUUAGGAGUGGUUCUUCUCGCUUAAAAUUUUUAUUGCUCUUUUUCUUUUGUCCCACUGUUCACCGGUUCUGUCUCUUUCAGCCUUCGCUGUUUGUUCACUUUGCAGUGGAAGUUAUUUUAACUGGUAGACACCGUGCCGUGUGCAUGCAGGCCGUUUGCAUUCUUUAUUAUUGUUUCGCUUUCGUGCACGUAAGAAGGCCCUCAAUUCUCUUUCGAAUGCUUUUGGGCUGAAUGAAUUGCAUGUAUAGGGUGAGUUACGAGGUGUUACGAGUAGUGGGCCUCUCCGGCUUGGUGGUCAGUCCUUGCUUAAUUUUGCACUGUCCUUAGAAGUGAGUGUUGCAAGGCCAAAGCUCACUGACGAAUAGGACAUUUUUCCUUAGUUGUGUACGGAAUGUACGAGCACGUCCGCUUCUGACUAAUUUGAACAGGCCAUUUUGAACUAGCCACAUUCUGGAUGAGUUUUAGUCGGAAUGUAUCGGUGGUACUCAGGCAGCCUGAAAAAUCUUUGUUAACGAGUGACAUUUGAAGCAACGAUUGUGAGAUUUAGAUUUUAGGCCGACUCCUGAACUACUAACUUGACGUGUCUUACAUAAUCGUGAUGUAUUUUUAACCAGGUUCUUCCAGAGCACAGUGGACAAAAGAUUCUUUUUUUUUUUAGAGAAAGGAACUCUGGCACAGCGAUAAGUGCACGCAAAAGGAAAGAGUGCAGGCGUCUGACACCAAACGCCCGUGGUUUAUCAUUGAAGGAAACUUUGGACGUUUCUUAUCCUUCGCAACUCUGGUGGUGGUCAAGGUUCUGAGUUGUGUAUUGUCUUGAUGGCCGUACAAGUGGCAGCCCUUGCCAUGGGGGCAUUCUCGCAGGUAUUGUUUGACACCCUCGGGUGAAUUUUUCUCGUUUAUUUACUCCGAACCGGUUUCGUUUCGGAAAGUGAAAAAAAAAAAAAGAGGGCACUUGACCAAAUCUGCGUCGCGUCGGCCCGUGAAACGCAGCGCCGGCUUCGUAGACGCCGGGAAGGGCCGGACAAGUUCAGGUUGCUAGUCAGGUCUUGCCGAGGCAACAGCAACAACAACAAAAAAAUUAUCAAGUACAAAUUUGCAUUGGUCGUUUUCAAAAGACCACUGGCAAAACAAAGAGCUUUUUUUUUUUUUGUAUAAGAUAGGAGUGAAAUGAGUUUGCACACAAUCGUGUGUCAGUGUUUUAUCGUAGUGCUCGUGCCAAAAUGUUUUUUGCUUAAUGCUCGAGUCUUGUGCCGCUGCCCUGCGAUCCACUGUCAAGUGGAGCACGCAUCCUCCAACUCUCUAUCAAGUCACGAGGAAAUUUUAUUAUUAUUUUACAAGCAAACGCGAGUGACUUUCUUCCGUGGGAACGUGCUUGCAUCCACGUUAUUACGCUUUGUGGAUAGAUUGCUUUUUUCUUUUUCGUGUAUUGUGUUUCUCUCUUCUUUUUGCCUUCAACUAGAACAAGAAGAGGUGCAGUGUUCAAAAAGAAAUUUUUUUUUUCUUGUUUUAAAUGCGAGCCAGUCAGUGGAUUUAUACAUUGCUUCAAGAACACUGCGCACACAACAAAGCAUAGAUUAGUAUUUUUGGUGUCGCGGAUCACCAGUGUUGAUAUUGUUUUCUUUUUAUUCCCCGGUCAUCUUGCUUUCGUUUUAUUUGUUUGUUUGUUUUUCUGAGGUGGUGGCUGUUUUUGUUUGUUUUUUUAUUUGUGUCCGGGUAUGUGUUCAUCAUUGUUUGCCAUCAUUGCACCGCACACUAUAGUGGCGCGUAACCGACUUUCCCCGUGAUGCCAUCAUUCGCUGUCUUAUUUUGCAUAUGUUUACGUUGCCGUCGAUUUAUUUGUUGACCUAUUAACCUUUUAUAACCGUCUCCCCACUUGCAUGUCCUGGUCGCACCGCUCUUUUUGCUCGCGGUUUUUUUAGUCCCGUUACUGCUGUAUUUUUCCGUUGUCUCUUUUUUGUUUGUUUUGCUUACAUCUACAACUUUAGUCUACAUCUCUGGUCCCUAUUUUCUGCGUAACUUUCUCCCCGUUUGAUGGGUCUUCUUGUGUUGUGUCAUCGAAUAUAUUUUUUUGAGCGCCUCAUUACCUGCUCACCGACUGAUGAUGUCACAUCUCGCCUCCGGUGCUGUGUAAUCCUGUUGCUGUGUUCGUUCCACGAUUUUGCAUGCGCUUGCAUCGAUUAGUGUCGUCGACAGAACGGUUUCGUCGUGUUGAUGCUUGUCUUCUUGUGGCCUACCGCGGCCCUUAGUUGCGAGGUAUUCAUUUUCUUUUGUCAACCUUUUUUUCUCUUGCCCUCCUUUUUAUGUUGAGCAACGGCCAUGUAAUGCUCUUGUCAUACGGUUAUUACUCUGGUGUUAUCGGUCUCGAGUAGUAUUUGGGUCACCGAA